AUGCAGCCUGCCCGCGGAGAACAUCGCAAGCAGGGCAAAGCGCUAUGUGUGCCAAUGAACGCUCGGGAGGAGCGCCAGCGUGAGAUAAAGCCGCCACAAGCACUGCUGGCUGGCCAGCCAUGGGUUGAUGAGUACGACUCAUGCGCCCUCAAUACUCUGCCGUUAGGCUGGAAUAUCGAGGAAGUUAGCCAGCAUGGAAGUUCAAGUUGGUCCACGGGCUACAAGCUGAGCUUGGAAAAGGAUGGCGAAGAAAAGGAGUUCUUCCUCAAGGUCGGUCAUCGGCCCCAGCACGCGGAGAUGGCGCUUGGUGAAUACGAGAGUCAAAAAGCAUUAGCUCAGCAUUUGCCAGACAACUCAGUCGUUCCGGUAGCUUUCGGUACAUUCGAGCUGGACCCGACAAAGUCGUUCUUCCUAACAACAUACCGUGAAUUGAAGGAGAAGACGCCGGACCCAGCGGAGCUGAUCAAAGUGUUGGCAAAGCUGCACAUCGGCUCAUCUUCACCGACAGGUAACUUUGGCUUCCAUGUCACCACCUUCAAUGGCCAUGUCCCGCUCCAGAACGAGUGGUGCGACAGUUGGGAGCAAUGGUAUAGUCGUCAACUCCAAUCGGACAUCAAAUGGGAACAGAGCGUCCGAGGAGUGGAUCCCGACUUUAAUGAAGUCGCAGAAGAGUUCUUCGCAAAAGUCAUACCACGUUUGCUGAGACCACUUCAAUCUGGUGGUCGGACUAUCAAGCCUACUCUCGUCCACGGCGACCUAUGGCACGGUAAUGCCCAAGUUGACAUGGACACCAAGCGGGUGAUUUUCUUCGACUCCUGCUGCUGUUAUGCACACAACGAAUGUGAGAAAGCUACAAGUGUCGAAGUGGAGUUGCACAUGAUGAGGCAACCGCGUUAUCGGUUCAACCAAGAAUAUGUGCAGAAAUACAAAGCGGUGAUCCAGCCUUCGGAGCCCGUUGAGGACUUCGAUGAUCGCAAUGCGCUGUAUGCCAUGUAA